AUGGACAGCUUGGACACAGCCACUCUCGUGCUGAUCGAAACAGGUCAACUCUCUGGUAUACGAUUCGACAGUGGCACAAGAGCCUUCUUAGGCAUUCCCUAUGCAGCACCUCCGGUAAGCGACCAGCGUUGGCGACCGCCAAAGCCGGCGAAUUCAUGGCAAGGCGUGCGGGCGGCAACGAGGUUUGGUCCAAGCAGCUUGCAGUUCCCUCCACCAGCGACAUCUUUGUACUUUGGAGGUGAGAGCGACUUCAGCGAGGACUGCCUUUAUUUGAACGUCUAUACCGGUCCAGAAGAAUCGAAUGAUAGACCGAUCCUAGUCUGGUUUCACUUCGGUGCCUUCCAGAUGGGAUCCGCCAUGAAUCCAAUGUAUAAUGGGGAAAAAUUAGCUGCUGAGGGUAUCACGGUCGUCACUGUGAAUUAUCGGCUGGGUGUCUUUGGCUUCCUAGCGCAUAGGUGGCUGAGCGCAGAGUCACAUUUGCAGGCUUCUGGAAAUUGGGGCAUAUUGGACCAGAUCGCAGCGCUGCAAUGGGUGCAACGGAAUGCCAGAGCUCUCGGAGGAGAUCCCUCUAACGUCACGAUCGGUGGCGUUUCAGCAGGGGGUUCCAGCGUGCAUAUACUUCGUACAUCUCCAUUGGCGAAGUCACUCUUUUGCAAGGCAUUAUGUGAAAGUGGCCCAGGUAUUGCUCGUGAUCCUGACGGGCACGGUCACUUCGCCACGUUUACCAGUCUCGCAACGGCAGAAGAGGCAGGGGCUGAAUUAACAAAUCUGCUGGGCGCUUCAUCGAUCAAUGAACUGCGCGAGAUGCCGGCCCAGAAACUUAUGAUGACCCAACUACCUCGUUCGCAGGGACCUUGGGAGAGCGACUUAUUUCCAGGAUCCAGCGGUUUGAAUCUUUUCGACACACGUUAUCCCAUUGUUGAUGGCCACGUGCUUCCAGUACCUCCGAUGGCCGCAUUCCUUUCAGGAAAAGUUGCUGACAUCCCACUUCUGGCUGGUAACGUCGGAAACGAAGGCUCGGGCCUGAUGCAGAUUAGAUCUUUGGCCACAUAUCUCGAAUUCAUGCGUGGUACCUUCGGCAAUCACGCAGAUGAAGCCCUGCGUUUGUAUCCAGCAAGCUCUGACGCGGAAGCAUCGACCUCAUCAGCACAGCUUCUUUCGGAUCAAACUUUCACGUACCCGGUAUGGACUACUGUACGACUCCACGCUAGGACAUUGACAUCGAAGGUGUACUACUACCAGUUCCACCGAUCACCCCCCAUCCCUGCGGACUCGAAAGUUCUGGAAAGAGGGUAUGCAGGAGCGUUCCACGGUUCUGCUACGCUCUACAUGUUUGGUAAUCUUGAUGCAUGGAAGUGGGACUGGACCGACGGUGACCGAGAACUCUCAAGGAGAAUGGUUCAGAAUACUGCGCUGUUUUUAAAGACUGGUAAGCCUGCCCAGGAUGGAAAUAUAUGGCCUGCUGUAAACUCUGGCAAGCCUGAUCGUACGGUCAUGUUCCACGACGAGGAUUGUAUGUCGAGACUUCGACGACCUUCGCAGCGGUUACAGCAGGUCAGCGCGUUUUGGGACCGCUUUUAUGAAUUUGAACAUAUGUGUUGA